UGCCUCCUCUGGUCAUUCCAGGUUACUACUACGAGCUGGAUGACUCGUAUGAUGAGAGUGAUGAGGAGGAGGUCAGGGCCACCUCAGGAGGGUAGCAGGGCAGCCCCCUCUCAAACUGGACGACUCCACGGAGAAAGUGGACUUCCUGUGUGUUGUUUGGUCUGACCACGGUGUCACGACGCGACCACCUGUGCGGCAGCAGAAGAGGAGGAAGAGGAGGAGGAUGCUGAGGGAGCGCAGCCCCCUUGCGCCCGGCUGUGCUGUCCAAACGCACCCCUCCUCCCCCGGCCCCCCUCAGCACCCACUUCACCCCAGAGGAGAUGGACAGAGCCCCCGAACUGGAAGACAAGAAACGCUUCCUCACCAUGUUCAGCCUGUCCCACGUCUCUGUACAGCAGAGGAGAGAUAAUGAGACAGUGGUAGAGUUGCUUCAGGCUAUUAAACAGAAGAGUGUAACCUUGGAUACCAUCAGACAUGCCCCUCAACCCCUAUGUAAGACCCCCCAAGCACAGAACUCAGAUCCUGCCUCAACGCUUUCCAGCGAAUCAGAUGAGCCACUCAGUGUCAGUCCCUCCUCCCCCGGCGGACUCCUGGGGCAGUCUAAACCCCCCUCCUCCUCUGACGCACUGAGACCAAAGGACCCCCCUCCUCCACUCCCCUACCCGGAAAAGACCCGUGGGCUCCCUGAGGGCCCCCCCUCCAAGAGGACCUCGUCAUCCAGCCUGCUGAAUAGCCUGCGGCCCCCCAUGCAGCCUAAAGACGCUCCCCCCAGCCUGAACGGCCGGACCAAGCCCUGGGAGAGCUUUACUGCUGAAGAGUUUGCCCAGCAGUUCCACGAGUCUGUCCUCCAGUCCACACAGAAGGCCCUGCAGAAGCACAAAGGUGGAGCCACAGUGAUCUCAGCGCCCUCUCACCUCCAGGACUCCUCCGUGCACUACAACAUUCCAGAGCUGCAGAGCACCCCCAGCCGGGCCGCGCCCCGUGCACAGCACACACCCUCACACACACCCGCACGCACACUCCAUCCAACACCGCACUCACACCAGCACCCCCAGCCCAAUGGCAGCACUGCCCCCCACACCCCACACGAGAGCCCCCAGGAGCGAGGGAGGAGCAGUCUGCACCAGAGGACUCAGAAGAAGACGAGGAAGAGGAGGAAGAGGAGGCCCCAAGCAAGGUGUGGAGCGCCAGGUGCUGCAGAGCAGUGUCGGAGACUGGAGAACCAGCACUACAACCUGAGCCUGACAGCAGAGCAGCUCUCCCACAGCAUGGGGUCCAGCCCCAUCCUGGGCCCCUCACAGCCACGCCCACACAGACAAUCCUGCAACCGAGAGCAGCUCAGCCCUAGAAUGGGUGUGGUCACCCAUGGUUUCUGCCAUAGCAGCGAGCUGAGCUCCAGCCACACCCUCCCUCCCCGUGGCCUCCAGGCCGCCGUAAGGCUCACUGAGAUGGGGCCCGUAAGGCUCACUGAGAUGGGGGUAAGACCUAACUCCAGGCCCCACAGCCCUCCCUCCCCUGGCCUCCAGGCCCGUAAGGCUCACUGA